GCGCCCGCGCCCCCCCGGCCGCCGCUGCCUCCUGCCCCUCGGUGCUGCUGCUGCUGCCCCCCUGCCUGCUGUUGCUCCUCCAUCUCCAGAUCGGAUCGCGUUGAGGGAAAGAUGAGCGAGGAGACGGCGACUUCUGACAACGAUAAUAGUUAUGCACGAGUGCGAGCUGUGGUGAUGACCCGAGAUGACUCAAGUGGUGGCUGGUUACCACUUGGAGGGAGUGGACUAAGCAGCGUCACUGUCUUCAAAGUCCCUCAUCAGGAAGAGAAUGGCUGUGCUGACUUUUUUAUCCGUGGAGAACGACUCAGGGACAAAAUGGUGGUUUUGGAAUGUAUGCUUAGAAAAGACCUCAUUUAUAAUAAGGUCACUCCAACAUUUCACCACUGGAAGAUCGAUGACAAGAAGUUCGGCCUUACCUUUCAAAGUCCUGCUGAUGCUAGGGCUUUUGAUAGAGGCAUUCGAAGAGCUAUUGAGGAUAUUUCUCAAGGAUGCUCAACAUCAAAAAAUGAAGCUGAAGCAGAAGAGGACUUACAAGCACCUGAAGAAGACACUUCAAAUUCUCUAGUUAAAGAGCAUCUUUUCCAGCAAGAGACAGUUGUUACCAGUGAGCCUUAUAGAAGCUCAAAUAUUAGACCUUCUCCUUUUGAAGAUCUGAAUGCCAGAAGAGUCUACUUGCAAAGUCAGGCCAAUCAGAUAACAUUUGGUCAGCCAGGCCUAGACAUUCAGAGCAGAAGUAUGGAAUAUGUGCAGCGACAAAUACCCAAGGAGUGUGGAAACCUAAAGCCCCAAAAUAGGGUACCCUUGAAAUCAAUCAGACAUGUCAGCUUUCAAGAUGAAGAUGAGAUUGUUAGAAUAAACCCUCGAGAUAUCUUAAUACGUCGCUAUGCAGAUUACAGACAUCCUGAUAUGUGGAAAAAUGACUUGGAGAGAGAUGAUACUGACUCCAAUAUCCACUUUUCUAAACCAGAGAGUAAAAAAUCAGACUAUCUGUACUCUUGUGGGGAUGAAACUAAGUUAAGUUCACUCAAAGACUCUGUGGUAUUUAAGACACAGCCUUCCUCAUUAAAAUUUAAGAAGUCAAAACGAAGAAAAGAGGAUGGUGAACGUUCUCGCUGCGUAUACUGCCAGGAAAGGUUUAAUCAUGAAGAAAAUAGCAGGGGAAAAUGUCAGGAUGCUCCAGAUCCUAUUAAAAGAUGCAUAUAUCAAGUUAGUUGCAUGCUCUGCGCAGAGAGCAUGUUGUAUCAUUGUAUGUCAGACUCAGAGGGAGAUUUUUCUGAUCCCUGUUCAUGUGACACUAGCGAUGACAAGUUCUGCUUACGGUGGCUAGCCCUGGUAGCUUUGUCUUUCAUUGUACCAUGUAUGUGCUGCUAUGUCCCUUUGAGAAUGUGCCAUCGCUGUGGUGAGGCAUGUGGGUGCUGUGGUGGGAAGCAUAAAGCUGCUGGAUGAAAUGAUCCAGUGCCAAAAUGAGCUUAAAAUCUUUGUUUCCAGGAAUUAACUAACUUGGAUUUGUGGAAGCUUUUGGCAAGCAAUAUGGAAUCUUGCCUGGUAUCACUGGGGCCACAUGUGGAGGAAGCAGAACUCAUCAGUUCUUAGCAUUUCACAAAUGCUAGCCAUGCCUAACUUUUCCCUUGAGUGCAUGGCAUGUUUUGUUACAGGUUGUAGGGUAUUUUCAGAAGGAAGUCAUUUCUGGUUAUUGGCUAUAAGAGUCAGCAAAAAAUAUCCAACUAAAAGGGAUUAAUUCUGGCAUUUUUGUAUAUUUAUGCAUUAGGUGAUGGGACUUUUAAAGGUUUGAAUUUAUUAGGAUACGAACUAAAAGUAAAAAUGCACUAGGGGACUAUUGAUUUCAAUCUAAGAAAAGUUAACACUUCAGAAUUAUAAGAAGUAAAACAAGUGCAACUAAAUAAUUUGUUAGUUGUUUUUUGAAAGCAGUUUUAUGUAUAAAUAACAAAUGUUUAUAUUUAACUAAAUGUAAGGUACGAAUUAUUACAUAUUAAACUUUUCUUCCCCUUCCUAGUUCUGAAGUAGAUAAACAUUUAUCUACUGUCACAUUCCAUAUAUUUUGAAUAUUUAACUCAUCUAGUUAAUAAUGUUUUUAUUCCAUGUGAAUGAUUUGAUAUUUUCAUCCUCAUUUCUCUUUGGCUACAAUUUAUAUUGAGUUAUAUCUGUACAUUCUGGUAAUCUAAAAUCCUUAAAAAUAUUCUAAUAGCCUUGAGUGACCAACUUUUUUUUAAAGCACAGAUGUAAUUGUCUAAUGUUCUGAUGGGAAUGUAACACUUAUUUUUAUAUAAAAAGAGACUGAGUAAACAUUAUAGAAAAAAGUGAGGUUUUUUAGUUGUUUUGUUUUUUGUGGUAUUCAACCAGCAAGUUGUUUUCUUUCAGAGUUUCAUCCUUCAAAAAAAUUAUAUUGCAUUUACAAACAUUUUACAAGUCAAAAAAAAUGUAACUGGAUACUUCGUGUAAAACAGUUUCCUCUUGAGAUCUCCAUUUAUUCUGCUAAAACAGAAUAUGUUCAGCUGUGUUAUUGUUUAGCUUAAUCCUCAGUGCUUACUAUUCACAUAACAAUGAUCAUUUUUCUCAGUUGCAUUUUUAUUUAAACGGGCCAAAAGCAAAAUUAUGUUAAAAUGUGUGCUAACUACCACAGGAAAGUAUUAAUCCAGUUGUCAAUGGAAUAUCUUGUACAUAUCCUUAUAUUUGUUUUGCAGAGCGUUGUUUUACUGGAUGUUUAAUUUGCAAUGUUAGUUGGAUACAUGUUCCAACAAACUGUUUAAAUGACUUGGGAUCAAAUUUUUUUUUUUUAAGUAUUACAUUAAAACUCUAAUCAAGUAAAGGGUUCUUUAAGAACAUUCCCUUAGAGGGAUAAAGUUGAGAAGUGUGCCUUUUUUUAAUGGCUUGAAGUUUAAUAGGUGAUACAAAUUAAAAUCACACUACCAUUUAAAAGCUCAUUUUCUAUGCAGGGUUUUUAAUGUCAUUUACGUACCAUUCUUUUUACAUAUCACACUUAAGCUUGUGUUAGCUUUCUUCUUUUGCCCCAGAUCAAACUGAACAAUGUAUAUAACACUAUCUGUCUGUAAAAUACUUUUUUUAAGAAAGCAUUUAUAUUUAUAUUACAGCUUGAACUGACAACAUUGUGUAUAUAGAUCAUCUUGAAGUAUUAUUUCACAUUGAAAAGAAGAAAAAUAUAUUGAUAACUAUAGAUGUUAUGAAGAAGAGGUUAUUUCUAGUUUUGUACUAAAAAUCAAUUGGAUGAAACGAAUCCAAAACAUGACACCGUAGCAGCAGUUUUAAGUCUUAUUUGUACUGUUUAUAUAUUUGGAUGCUGCUACAUCAGAUGAUCUUCAUUCCUGAAGUUUUCAGCUAAACUUGGUUUCCUAGAAUAGACUGUUAACUUUCAAAAUUACUUUUUAUUGAUGACAUGGAAAUUCUGAUUUUCCUUUUGAAUGAAUUUUCAUACUGUAAGUUGCUGAGUUUAUAAUUCAGGUUUGAGCAAGGUGUGAAUUACUGAAGAAAAUAACUUGCUGGCUAUAGGAAAUGCUGUGGAAGUGAACUGUGUACAUACUUCUGGGAAGAACAAAUUUAAUCAUUUCUUCUGUUAAGCACUAAUCAGUAUAGUGCAACUCCUGGUUCUGUACUGUAUUUUAUAUGCAAUAUAUAUGCUUUAAUAUUUUAAUGUUUGUGCAUUAAUAUUUUCAGUUUGUUUAACCACUUUGCUGCUAAAAUUUUGCCAUCCCAUCCCCAUUUUUUCCUUUACAAUUUUAAACAAGUUUCUUCAUUAAAAACUACAGUGAUGAAAUGGUUUUUAUUUCACCUUGGAUCUUUAUAGUUAACAUACCCAGUUUCCAAAUCUGUCUAGAAGUGUGAUAAAAUAAUGUCAUCUGAAUCCCUACGUGGAAAUUUUCGUUUGUAAGUUAGAAUUCCUGUGUGAAAACAAAUGGGUAGUUUAAAUCUCUAAUUCUUAAAACCUGUGUACAGGUGCAUUUGGGAACAUUUUCUUGUUCUCCGUACAGAUUUGGCACUGCCAAUUGGCUUUUCUUCUCAAACCUUUCUUUGUUUUUAAUCUGAUUGUAUAAGUAAAUGACUCAACAAAACUGCUUAAGUGUUAGUAAAUAUUGAAAAUGAAAUAAUCUAAAUUAUUUUGAAAUAUUUUGAUGAAUUUGUUUUGUUUGAAAUUGAUAAUUCUUCAGUGAUUUUUCUCCUGACUUGAAAUGGAAAUCAUUUGAAGAAAUUCACGGUGUGGAGCUUCAGCACCCCCUGCUGGGUGAUUUCCAGACCGGAGACUUGGGAUGGUCAUAGGGAUCACACAGGUUUUGGGAUCAUUACCAGACUUAAGUGGUGGUCCCCUCCUGGUGGGAAAUCAGGAAUAGGGAAUAUUUCAAACAACUGUAAGAUGAGUCUUUUCCCCAACAUGUCUUCUUGGUAACUGAGAGAUUUUAAGCACUUUUUUCUUACUUGUCCUGUUUUAAAAUAUUUAUCGAUACUGGAAACUGGUUAUCAAAGUUGAUGGUAUGCUGUGGCAUUUUUAGAACCAGUUCCUUUAACUUCUAAAAACCAUACCAAAAUGGUAUUCUUAUUUUUCUUCCUGUUGCCAGUCAGGGAGAAUUAAAACAAAAAAUCCGUAAUCAUUUCUUCAUGACAGCUUCAGAGUGUGUGUGUGUGUGUGUGUGUGCGCGCACGCGUACGCAUGUGUUUCUGAGAUGAUGGUUGGGCAGUGGUUUAUAUUUGAAGAGAGAAACUUGAAACUACCUACUUUCAUUGGUUAAUCAGCAGUGCCUAAAUUGAGCUUUUGAAGUAAUAUAAAUGCACUUUCAAUUCAUGUGUAUAGUGCCAUCUGAUACCUUAGGUAAGUCUUGCUUUUUUCUUUUCUUUUUUCUUUCUCUCCCUUGCUUAACUGAAUGGCACAGCAAUGUUUCUUAAUAUUCAUGAAGUUUCCAGAAUAUGCGAAACAGAUAUUUUUCCUGUAGACAGGCAAAGUACAGAAUUUUAAGGGUGUUUCUUGUGUUGGAAUUUACUUAAAAUUUUGUGACUACACUUGAAAAUAUGUGUUGAAGACUGGGUUUUUAAUUAUAACCCAAAGAUGCAUUAAGCAAGUGUAACAUUUUUUCUAUAUGAAACCUUGAAAAUUUUAGUUAGUGAAAAACAGAUUCUUCACUAAAUAUUAUUUUCAUUCUUGAUUUGACCUCCGUGAUCACUUUUCUAAGUAUAAGGGAAAUCGCUAGAAACUUACAUUAUUGUUGCACUAAAAAAAUUAGUCUAUACAUCAUGAUAAUAGCACUAUAAGGUGUUUUAUGGUGACUCAAAUAUAAAAAGUUUUUUUUUU